UGACCAGCUGAAGCGCCAUUAUAACCUGGGCCAGUACUGGGUGGAUAUCAAUAUUGAAGAUAUUGCAAGUUAUGAUGAAAACCUGGCAGAAAAACUCACCAAAGUUCCUGCAGACCAUAUGCCACUGUUUGAGGAUGCUGCUAAGGAAGUGGCAGAUGAAGUGACCAAUCCACGACCUGAGGGAGAGGAAGAAGUUCAAGAUGUUCAAGUUGUCCUCAACUCCACUGCCAAUUGUGCAGCCAUAAGAGACCUCAAGUCAGACCAGAUGUCAAGGUUGGUGAAGAUUCCUGGUAUCAUUAUUGCUGCGUCUGCCAUUAAAGCCAAAGCAACACGGAUCAGUAUCCAGUGUCGUAGUUGUAAGAACGUGAUGAACGAUAUCCCUGUUAAGCCAGGGCUGGAGGGGUACGCACUGCCCAGAAAGUGCCCCACAGAGCAGGCUGGCAGACCUAAAUGUCCAGUGGAUCCAUUCUUCAUAGUGCCUGACAAGUGCAAGUGUGUGGAUUUCCAGAUUCUAAAACUUCAGGAAUCUCCAGAAGCAGUCCCCCAUGGAGAGAUGCCCAGGCACAUGCAGCUGUUUUGUGACAGGUAUCUGUGUGAGAGGGUAGUUCCAGGCAAUCGUGUUACAUUAAUUGGUGUCUACUCCAUUAAGAAGACCUCCAAGCCUUCAAAGACCCCUGGCAGAGAUAAGGUAAAUGUUGGUAUCAGGGCACCAUACCUGCGUGUGCUAGGUGUCCAGGUAGAUACAGAGGGACCAGGUAGAAGUACAGGUUCACCAAUAACCCCUGAGGAAGAGGAUGAGUUCCGUAGACUGGCAGCUAGCCCAAAUAUUUAUGAAACACUUGCCAAGAGUGUGGCGCCAUCUAUUUAUGGCAGCUUGGACAUCAAGAAGGCCAUCACCUGUUUGUUGUUUGGGGGCUCGAGGAAAAGACUUCCAGAUGGUUUGACCAGAAGAGGUGAUGUCAAUGUUCUGUUGCUAGGAGACCCAGGGACGGCGAAGAGUCAGCUCCUGAAGUUUGUAGAGAACUGUGCACCAGUGGGUGUAUACACAUCAGGCAAAGGCAGCAGUGCUGCUGGUCUUACAGCCUCUGUCACCAGGGACCCUGCAACUCGUAACUUUGUAAUGGAAGGUGGCGCCAUGGUUCUCGCUGAUGGAGGCGUCGUCUGCAUUGAUGAGUUUGACAAGAUGAGAGAAGAUGAUAGGGUGGCCAUUCACGAGGCUAUGGAGCAGCAGACCAUUUCUAUUGCUAAGGCUGGUAUCACCACUACCCUGAACUCAAGGUGUUCCGUGCUGGCCGCGGCAAACAGUGUGUUUGGGCGUUGGGAUGACACCAAGGGAGCAGACAACAUUGACUUCAUGCCCACCAUUUUGUCCAGGUUUGACAUGAUAUUUGUGGUCAAAGAUGAGCAUGAUGAAGCCAGGGACAUUACUUUGGCCAAGCAUGUGAUGAAUGUCCAUGUGAAUGCCCGGCAGACGACAGAGGAGCAGAGAGAGGGGGAGGUGGACCUGCCCACACUGAAGAAGUUGAUCUCAUACUGCAGAAGCAAAUGUGGACCACGUCUGUCAGCAGAGGCUGCGGAAAAACUCAAGAACCGUUAUGUGUUGAUGAGGAAUGGAGCUGGUGAACAUGAGAGAGAGACUGGAAAGAAAACCAGUAUUCCUAUCACUGUCAGACAACUGGAGGCCAUUAUCCGUGUAUCCGAGUCCUUGGCAAAGAUGCGUCUCUCUCCAUUUGCCAGCGAGGCAGAUGUAGACGAGGCCCUGAGGUUGUUCCAGGUCUCCACCCUGGAUGCCGCCAUGUCUGGUAACCUGGCAG